GCCAUGUUGGGUGCACUCGGGCUUGCAAAGGUACCUCGUAGCUGGGUUGGCUAGAGGGAUGCCGUUGGUCCAAAUACUCGGAGCCUCCCCCGAAUCUGGUCCUUGUAUCUGCUGUCUUGAUGUUGAUAGUUGUCCGCCACGUCCCGUUCCAGAUGCCGCUGCACAGGUCAUGGCUGUCCAUAACUCUGGUGAUGACAAGUUAAAGACGGAAACUGCAGCAGAAAACGACGACAACAACCAGGGCCCUCGGCACUGCGGGAGCCACCUCAUCCUGGAUGUAGCGCAGUCCACUUCCACCGCGCCUUCCACCCAAAAUCACCUGGCGAUCGUGCCAUCUCAAGCUUCUGAUGGGGAUCACGAACAUCGACCAAUAUUUCCAGCACUGGAAGCAGCAGACAAUUCAAGCUCUGGCUCGGCAUGCUCCCGACAAGCAAAAGCAAUCAAGAUGGACGUCCCGUCAGAGGGUGUCCCUGCCUCAAAACCGCGUCAACUUUUUGGUGGCGCUCAAUCCAACAUCGGUCUCGCCCAGCUCAUGACGACCAUGAUGCUGCAAGGUGACCACUGUACAGUGCAAAAUGCGAUAAAGAUGCCGCCGAGGAGAUCAGCGAUCCAUCUCGCCAGGCGAACAAGAUUUUCACGGCUGGUGGACGAGGGUCAUGACAUGUUUGGACUUGGGGGGUCGCUCGAGGUGGACUGCCAACUUGACGCAGGCAACGACAGUAGUCCACAGCCUCUGGAGCGAAAUCGCAAGCCACUUUCACAUACGUGGGAGCCACUAGGUAUCAACAAGUUGGGCUCCUUGCGAUUUCGAAGUUCCUACGAGGCUGGUACGAGCGGUCAUGCCAUGAAGAGAAACAACCCACGCAUGAGGCGGAGGUCGAAGCAAUCACCAAGUCGGCCGAGGCCGCCUACGGCACAUGGAAAUUCUCACAACCUUGUCGAUUCUGACGCGAAGAUGGACUGAUGAGCUCUGCUUCGAUGAGCGAUGGAUCUUUUCAAGCGUUCUGGGCCCUUUCCUUUCUUUUCUUUCACAGUUGAUACAUGAUACCCCAUCGGCAGCGUCAGGAGUUUGGCGAAUUGGCUCUGAUUAAAACGCAGCCGCGGUUAGAUAAACGUAGCCAUGAGUUGGCAUAAUGCAUUUGCCAUUACUAUAUUCCAU